AUGGCACCACAUACAGAAUCACGGGAAGCGCCACCAGUGUACAGAUGUUCUGAUCACCACUGGCAUUUCAUCCCUCACCGCGACGACUACGAUCUCUUGACUUCCCCCUGGUACCGUUGGAAAGUACCACAAGAAGAGCAAACUCUGUUUCCCUCUGGUACCCAAGUUUACGUAAAAGGCGGCGGUGAUGGGCCCUUUAUCGUCAAACGCAAGAUGCUCAGCGGGUUCUACGCCUUGCAGACAAGAUUACCGGAUAAUCGCACGGCGACACAUUGUUGUAUGGGAAGGUACAACGUCGAGGAUUACAGGUUGUGGCGGGAAGAGGAACUCAGUCGAGCGCCAUGGGGUCGCAAGAAGGAGGAGAUGCCACCAGCGUACGAGGCCUCGUCAUCGUCCUCAUCGGGACCUCCAGGGUAUUACCUCGCCCGGAGUUAG